AUGUCGCAAUCAAAAUCGCAACGUAAGAAAAUCGCCGUGGUUACGGGCGCCUCAGCCGGUAUAGGGUGCGAGAUAACGAAGGAAUUAGCCAGAAAUGGAUAUAUGGUCUAUGCAUGUGCGAGGAGACUGGAACCAAUGGAACAGUUAACCUUUCAAUUUGGUAGCGACAGUGUCAAACCAUACAAAUUGGAUAUCUCUAAACCAGAAGAAAUUGUGACCUUUGCAGGUUUUUUGAGAACUACAUUGCCUGAUGGCAAAUUGGAUUUAUUGUACAACAAUGCCGGUCAGAGUUGUACUUUCGCCGCAAUGGAUGCCACUGAUGCUGUAAUCGAGCAAUGUUUCAAGGUCAACGUGUUUGGACACGUCAAUAUGUGUCGUGAACUGUCGCAAUUCCUUGUUAAUUCGAGAGGAACUAUUGUUUUUACUGGUUCUCUGGCGGGAGUGGUGUCAUUCCCCUUUGGCAGUAUAUACUCUGCCUCUAAAGCGGCAAUCCACCAAUACGCUCGCGGUUUACACCUGGAAAUGAAGCCAUUCGGUGUGAGAGUCAUCAACGCCAUCACUGGUGGUGUGGCUACUGACAUUGCAGACAAGAGGCCAUUGCCUGAAAACUCAAUAUACAAUUUCCCUGAGGGCAGAGACGCUUUCAAUUCAAGAAAGACCAUGGCAAAAGACAACAAGCCCAUGCCAGCGGAAGCGUACGCAAAACAAUUGGUUCAAGACAUCUUGAGCUCCAGAGACCCCGUGGAUGUAUACAGAGGCACCUUUGCUACCAUAAUGCGAUUCGUCAUGAUACUUGUUCCUUACUGGCUACUGGAGAAAGGACUUUCAAGGAAGUUCAAACUAGACAAAGUCAACAGUGCUUUGAAAUUGAAACAGAAGAACAAAGGCGAUUAG